AUGUCGCAGCCACAACCUGGAGUGAUCCCUUAUGGCUCGAGCGUUAUCUACUCUGGCCCCGUCGACAUAGCUCGACCCAUUAAUCACGAUAACAUCAGAGGCAAAACUAUCGUCAUCACGGGAGGCGCUUCAGGAUUCGGUGCAGCCUGCCUUCAAGAAUGGGCCUCCCACGGCGCCAACGUGAUCAUCGGCGACAUCAAUGAGAAAGCUGGCACCGAACUGGUUGCCCGAAUCCGCCAGUCCACAGGGAACCAAAACCACCAUUUCAUUCCGCUCGACGUAACGAGUUGGCCGAGUCAAGCCGCCUUCUUCAAACAAGCAGCAAGACUAAGUCCGCAUGGUGGGAUCGAUCAUGUCAUGGCCAAUGCCGGGAUAGCGGACGCCCCAGAGCAGCUAGUGUUUGAGGACCCGCCUGAUUAUGCAAGGAUGGAUGAUGGCCCUCCGCCUAAGCCAGCAAUGCGAACGCUAGACAUUAAUCUCAACGGAGUCAUGUAUACCACACACCUGGCAAUAUCAUACUUGUCGCGGAAUCCCGGGAGCGAGAAAUGUCAAGUUGGCAAGCACUCGGGGACGCGAGACCGACACCUCAUCCUUGUUGCCUCCAUUGCUGGUCUGGCGGGUCUGGCGGGUCAGCCUCUCUAUGCAGCAGCGAAACAUGGUGUUGUUGGGUUGUUUCGGACACUGAGGCUCACAACGCCGCUAAAGAGUGGGAUUAGGGUGAACAUGAUCAAUCCAUAUUUCGUCGACACGCCUAUCCUCGGACCCUUAGGUGCCUUCGUCAUGGCAGGAGGAGGAAUGGCCACCGUUAAAUCAGUGGUCGAGGCCACCUCACGUCUUGUUGCAGAUCAAGGCAUCAUCGGCCGAGCACUCGUGAUAGGCCCUAAUACUUCCGAGGAGGACGCCAAGGCGAUGGGUCUCGAGCGAGCGAUAGAAGAUCAGGCAGUUUGGGACUGCUAUGCGCAUGACUUCGAGCAGACAGACCUGUUUACGAGAAGGAUCGUUGGGGUCACGAAUCUGGUGACGCAGGCGAGAGGAUGGGUCGGAAUAUGGUCGGAUAUUAGGAAAAAUCUGUCCAGGAAACUGUGGAAGUCUAUGGGAUACUGA